AUGAGAUCGCCGCCUGCGUCGCCACCCGCGUAUCCAAAGACUGUAUUCCCACGAAAUAUCCAAACAAAUGCCCAAAAUUCAAUGCAAUCGUCUUCGUCGUCGAACAAAGCUGGUGGUACGGGAAGUAGUAGUAGUCGAGGUCCUGGAGGAGGGGUGAUUGGUGGUGGGGUUAAUAAUGUUGGUGGGGAUGCUGCUGGUGGUGGUGCCUAUGGCAACCGAAACAACGGACCUGGUGCUGCACAGAUCGAGAGCUUGAAAGAGGCUGUGAUACGCUCUCAGGCCCGGAAUCGCAAGAAGAGCCGCCUAGACCAGACCAUCACCGCUUCGUCGCCAGGGUCGCCCCCAACGCCAAAGGAAAACCGUGCCGGCGGAGACAUGGGCAGAUCUCCUGCUGCUGGGGCGAAGAAUAACAGCAACACCGCCGCAGCAGCGGCUACAAAGUCGAAACAGCAGGAAUCAUCCAUCUCAGCAACAUCAUCGUACCCAUUCCCGCAGAUGCCUAGGAGCCUUACGGGGAACAGUGUAGCCACGGCGUUCAACACGACAAUGUCCCCUGGGAUGGGACCACAUGACAGGAUCCUUCCGUCCGGUACUACUACGCCGGCGUCGUUUGCUUUUCAGCCUCAAGGUACCCAACCAAUUACCCCCUUUGAGAACCCCGAUUUCCCAACCCCAAACAUGUACGAUCUUGCUCUGCUGCUUCAUUCUGAGGCCGGUAUCGAUGCCUUUUGGAGCAAUAUUGUAAAGAUUGCCACGACGUGCUAUAAGGCGGAGAGAGUUACUCUUGCAGUGCCAUCAGAUUCUACAGAUCUCGAAAAUACCCCAUGGGGGCAAAAAGCAACAUUUAACGUAGCCGAGGACGACUGUUUGUCGUUGACAUAUAUGGGCGAUGAGCGGGGAUUCGUGGGUGACCAGGAGGAAGCGUCUAUGGGGGAGGACAGUGACGGAAACCAUAGUGUUCCGAUUCCAAAAGAAAGAAAUAACACAAUGGAUAUGAACGGGAGGAUGGAAGGUGGCUUCUUUGGUGGCAUGUGUGAUCCGGAUGAGGACAAUACCGAGCCUAUACAGCUUGAGAGAAAUUCAGAUGAACCUUUUGCCCCAGUUACUAUUGGCCCAUCAGACCCCCACAGCGAGGAUGCAAACAAUUCCGAUUGGCUCUCAGAGACGAGUGGCCUAUCUCCAUUAGAACCCCCACAGCCACCACCAUUGCCCCCGGAGUUUGGGCGCCAGAAACAGAAUAUGGCAUAUGCUCAGGGAAUAGAGGAGGAUGAGCAGCGUGGGAGGGUGUUUCCGACUCUGCAGCCGCUGAACUAUGAGGCGGAUGCUUUGCUGGAUGGAACUGGUGUUAGUAGGGUCUUGCAGAGAGGAAAAGUUGUUGUUUUAGGGCGAGAAUAUAGAGAUAUCAAAACACACCUUGAAGAGAGGGACAAGCGCCGGCGAGAAGCAGAAUUCGUGGCUGCUAACACCCCAAAGUCUUCCCCGUCCCGAGCAUUUUCUAACGAACAGCGCCCUAAACCAAAGAAGGGAUCGAUCCCCGAACAGGCAUCGAUUCAAGGGGUAGAAAAGCUAGAUCUCAGCUCAAUCAGUUCACCAUUGCAGCUGUCCUCGCAGCCGCCGACACCGCUGUAUCUUGUGGGGAAGGGGAUGCGUCGGAAGAAGAAGAGUGCGCAGAAGGACGGGGCUUCCUCGUAUGAAGAAUAUGAACAAGCCCUGACGUCGCCGUGGAGCCAAUCCCCAGCUCCUUCGCCGGCGCCGAAGCAGGACCCCACCGAGAACCCAUUUUUUGCCCCGCCAAAAGUGGACGAGGAGACAUUUAACCCACAGUCCAACAGCCCAGUAUACUCAGCACAGGAACCCGUAAAUGCAAUUGGAUUCGAGAGUGCCUGGACAGUAAUCCACAUUCCACUCAUACACCCAAGCUUUUCAAAGUCACUAAAUCCCUCAGCUUCUGCGGCAGCCGGUGGGGGAACCGCGACUUCUACUAGUGGGGGUGAAUCUCCUUUCAGGGGAAGCUUCGGCUUGCCAAAUAACGAUAUCCUUUCCAGGCACAACAUGGCAGGACACAAAAAAUCCCCUAUAGCGAUAUUAUCUAUGCUGAGCCCUGUUAUCCCUUACCCUAGAAACCUUAUUCACUCAUUGUCCCAUUUUGCGCCUCUAGCAGCCACAGCCUUCUCACUAGCACAGAACCACUCGAACGUUGUGAAUCAGUUAAGUCAUUUACAAUAUAGACGACCUUUGAGAAGACACGCACCCGAUAUUGAUUCUGGUCUGCAUUCAUCUUUGAGAUAUGGGCUGAAAUCACCAGAUAUUGUCGAAGGCGCUAGUGUCACCAGUCCCAGCGAGCUCAGCACAAUGUCCAAAGACAGCACAUCGAGAGUCGCCAGUCCGGGAUGGGAUAUUGGAGGAUUAGGAGGACCGAGACAACAAGGGAGUGACCAGGAGAGCAUUAGGUCUCAGGCUAGUACGCCGGUUAGUCCCGGGGGUGAAAAUCUGGAAGGUAUUCGAGCGGCAGCAGCAGCAGCGAUGGCAACAACUAAAAUCGAGGGCUCAACGGUAAGUUUGGAAGUGCAGUUGCAGAUGGAGGAGGACGAAGGCGCUAGCUCGGCCGGGACGGUCAAGUUUAAGAAGGGAGAACAGGGCGCCAUCACGCAUAAGAGGGAAAUACCCAGGAGCUCGCCACUGCCGGAUCAUGUCCUGAAGGACCUGGCAGACUCGGAAAAGACACCAGUGUUGGAAGACCUUGGAAGCCAGAGCAGUGGAACUGUGGAGUCGCCCUCGGUGUCACCGGGAUCAGAAUCGGCACCGAAUCGACGCCGUUUCCCAAGGAAAAGGAAGCCUGCGCUCAAAAUCGUGGGCCACAAUUAUCCGCAUACCCUGCUACACUCAUACGGAGCAGAUUACUCUGCCACUUUCCAAUCGCUGGCUGCAACGACUUCGUUGCCUGGAACACCGCUGGGAACAGGAAGGCGUGGAUCAACCAGGAUGUCUACAGCAGGCGCAACUUCACAGAAUCAUCAGAUGCCCCCUCCGUCUAACAAGCUUCUUAGGACAAUCAUUGACUCUAUCCCCGUACAUGUAUUUACUGCGGCUCCCUACACCGGCGAAACCACCUGGGUGAAUGCCAGGAUGCUAGCUUAUAGAGGCGCUACCGUUGAUGAGUUUAUGAAAGGGCCAUGGGAGGCCUUUCAUCCAGAUGAUCGGGAGGAUUACAUCAAACGCUGGGGGAUCGCUGUGCGCAAGGGCGAGCCCUUUUCUCAUCAGUCCCGUUGCGUGAUUCUCGUGCGGAUUGCAGAGGUGGACGCGGCAAGGCAGGCGGAAAUGGCAGAAUCAGAAAGUAAAUAUAGGUCCCUUGCCAACUCAAGCCCGCAAAUCGUGUUUGCUGCUACGGCCGUCGACGGCAUCUCAUAUGCAAACACCCAAUGGUUGGGAUAUUCUGGACAGACGCUAGCACAGGCGUUAAGAUUGGGCUUUAUGGAACACGUCCAUCCCAAUGAUAGAUACAAGUGUGCAUUACCGGGCCUGGCUGGUGGAGGCGGUUCAGUAAGUCCGCGAUCAGUGAGCCCUGGUGGUGACAUAGCCAGUCCAGGCUUUGAGACUUCCGGGUUCUCGCCUAACUCGUACGGGUCUUCCGCAUAUGAUGGUGGCUUCAAGGAUCCGACUGGAGUAGACAUCGAGGAGGAGAAGCCCACAUUUUCAACCGAGCUGCGCCUGAGGGACAAGCAUGGAAACUAUAGGUGGCAUUUGGUGAGAUGCGUUAGUGUUGAGACAAACUUUGGAACGGGAGAAGGCCAGUGGUUCGGUACCUGUACCGAUAUCAACGAUCACAAGUUACUAGAGCAAAAGUUAAAAGAGGCGAAUGAGGCAGCGCAGAAGACGAUGGAGAGUAAGACUAGGUUCUUGGCUAAUAUGAGUCAUGAAAUUCGAACUCCUCUUAUCGGGAUUUCUGGAAUGGUCAACUUUUUGCUUGAUACCACCUUAAAUGGGGAGCAGUUAGACUACUGCCACACAAUAUCCCAGAGCUCUGAUGGAUUGCUCAGCGUAAUCAACGAUAUCCUAGAUCUGUCAAAGGUUGAAGCAGGAAUGAUGCGAUUGAAUCCGGAGUGGUUCAGGAUUCAUUCCCUGAUAGAAGAUGCCAAUGAGCUUUUGAGUACCAUGGCAAUAGCGAAGGAUCUAGAGUUGAAUUUUAUCGUCGAAGAAGAUGUGCCGCCUGUCGUGUGCGGAGAUCGUGUGCGGCUGAGACAAGUGCUUUUGAAUGUCAUUGGCAACGCUAUAAAAUUCACGUCCAAGGGUGAAGUGUUCUCUAGGUGCUCUGUUAUCCAAGAUGAUAAAAUCGGAGAUGAUGAUGUUAUGCUGCAAUUUGAGUGCCACGACACUGGCCCAGGAUUUGAUAAGAAAGAUGAAGAGUUAAUGUUUAAGCCUUUCAGCCAAAUUGACGGGUCUAGUACGAGGGCACAUGGUGGCAGUGGUUUAGGGCUGGUGAUUUCAAGACAGCUGGUCGAACUUCACGGGGGGCGAAUGUCCGCUAGUAGUGAGAAGGGCAAGGGAUCGACAUUCAUCUGCAGCGCCAAGUUCAAGUUGCCUAGAGAGAAACCCCAGGGUGAAGGGUCCUCUGCAGUUGCUACCCCGGAUACUAUCCCGCCUAUCCCACAAGGCAUUCCACCCGGCAUUACGCCCAACCUCGCUGCUCAGGGCAGACGCCAGGGUAUUCUAGAGUCGGAUACGAUCACUGAAAGGAUCACGGAAUUCCCAUCAGAUACACCGCCUGGUCUUACCUUUAGUGAUGGGCCUUCAUCUGCUCCUGCAUCAUCGGCAAGUUCGGACCCCUCGAUAAGUUCGUUCCGCUCCGCCUCAACUGGGUCCUCUAUGUCAGCAUUGGCUCACCUUCCGAUGUCCUCUUCUGCAGAUCCUGUCUCCAUGCGGCUUGCCCUCCCCACAGAGGCCCAACAGAAAUUCAAAGCUUACUCCCCACCUGCUUCAACUGAUACGCCUUCGGAAACAGAAGCGUCGGUGAAGAAGCCCUCAGUCGAUUCGGAACUUGGUCGUGCAGUUACUCCGCCAAUGUUCUCAAUUUUGAUUGUAUCGGAACAACAUUAUUCACGUAUCGCUAUAGCCCAUCACAUCAAGAUUACGUUACCAAAGAAUAUCCCCAACCAGAUUACCACGGCUUCCAAAUACGACGAGUGCAAAGAUUUGAUUGGUGGCGAUGACCCAGUUGUGUUUACCCAUAUCGUUGUCAACCUCCCAGAACACGCGGAGAUUAUUGCUCUCAUAGAUCAAAUACUGGGCAGCUCGUUUCAUUCGCUGACAACUAUGCUUGUCUUGACUAACCCCACGCAACGUACAGCGGUAAUGCAAGGCGCGCCACAGAAUUGCGAGCGUAUGGGACAAAGACUGCAGUUCAUCUACAAGCCAAUCAAGCCUUCUCGUUUUGGUGUUAUCUUUGACCCGGCGAAUGAAAGAGAUGCGUCAAUGGAUAGGAACAGGGACUCUGCUCAACAAGUUGUCGAGACUCAGAAGAGAGUGUUUAGCCAGAUGGAGCAGGAAGUUGGAAACCGAGGCCAUCGCGUCCUGCUCGUGGAAGACAACACGGUUAAUCAGAAGGUUCUUCUGCGAUUCCUGGCAAGGGUGGGGCUAGAGGUUGAUACGGCAAGUGAUGGAGAGGAAUGCGUGGAAAAAGUGUUUUCUCAAAACCCUGGGCACUAUGGUCUCAUCCUAUGCGAUCUUCAUAUGCCGAGGAAGGACGGUUUCCAAGCUACGAUGGAAAUUAGAGCUUGGGAACAGACACACAAUGCCCCGAGAGUGCCAAUAGUUGCCUUGUCAGCAAACGUCAUGUCCGAUGUUGCAGACCGUUGUAUUGCUGCAGGGUUCUCGAGAUACGUGUCCAAGCCGGUUGACUUCAAAGAACUUAGCUCGACCAUCAAAGACCUUUUGCUGGACCCUACACAGUCUGGGCAGUUUAUGUAA